ACAAUGUGGCCGAAUCGAUUAUCAAAAAAGGAGCCGAUCUCGAAGCACGUGACAGUGACGGUGAUCCUCCUCUUUAAUGGGCCGUCGAGAAGGGAGACAGCAGAAUGUGCAUGAUUUUACUUCGUCACGGAGCCCAAGUGAAUAUGAAGAAUGAAAGGACAGGGGAAGUGUUACUUCACUGGGCCAUUAGAGGAGGUCACAUCGCCGUGACCGAGCUUCUACUUGCGAACAAAGCAGAUAAAUCACUUGUUGAUCUGAGUGAAAUCAGAAAGGAGUAUCCGGUCAAGGAGAACGACUUUCAGCUCUGCAAGGUCCUUCUUGAAACUGCCCCUAAUGCAAGCGACCAGUUGAACGAUCUAUCGGUAGUCGAGGCUGAUGAAGAGGCAUCGAGAACAUCUACCCCUACCAUCCCUCCAUGUCAGACUACAGACCAUGCGGCUCAAAGAGAAGAGGUAACCAAAGGAUCCAGCACCAAUUCAAUAAAGGAUAUGCCAUUCUCCGAGCUCUUGGCCCCCCCGCCUCAAAUCGUUCCAUCUAGGGUGUCAGUUGGCUCACCCUCGGGUGAUGAUUAUUGCUGCACGGAAGCUCUCACGAUGUCCCAAGCUGCAGCAUGUCAGUACCUUCACCGCCAGGAAGCACUUCAUCCGGUCCCCAAGGUCGUUUACUGGUCACUGAGAACAAGCCAACCUCCGGUGACGCCCGAAUUAGACAUCAAGUUUGGGGCAUCAUAAUUAUCGAUACAGGCCAAUACCUAUUGAUUACCAAUCGUUUUAUCA